AAAGUUGGAAACAGUAGAGUAAGAUCCUCAGCCCUAAAGUAUAUAUGCUUUAACUGAAUCAAAGAGGUACAAUCUUUAUUACUAAAAGCAGAGCACCUGGUCUUAAACUCUUAAUGAGUAGAUUGCUAAUCAUCAUACAUUGCCUAAUUACCGAGCAGGGUGUUAGAUCCCUUGAUAUAUGGAGAUUACCCUCCAGAGAUGCGUCACCAUCUUGGUGCUCGACUGCCCAAGUUCUCAGUGGAGGAGUCCAAGACACUAAACGGCAGUAUUGACUUCAUCGGCAUCAACCACUAUUCAAGUUUAUAUGCCAAAGACUGCAUCAACUCUCCUUGUCCUACAGGAGAAAGUCAUGCAUUCCUAGGUUUUGUUUACACAACCGGUUUUAGGGAUGGUGUUGCAAUUGGAGAGCCGACUCCGAUGCCUAGAUUCUUCAUAGUUCCAGAUGGACUGGAGAAAAUGGUAGAGUACAUUAAAACAAGAUACAAUAAUAAACCCAUUUUUGUCACUGAAAAUGGACUUGCUCAAUCAGACCAACCUGCAGGUAAGAGAGAAGAUUUACUGAAUGACAACAAGCGAAUCGAGUUUUUCAAAGGUUACCUUGCUUCUCUUGCUCGAGCAAUCAGGAAUGGGGCUGAUGUGCGAGGCUAUUUUGUGUGGUCACUGAUGGACAACUUUGAAUGGACGAGGGGGUUUAGCAUGAGAUUCGGACUCUAUUACGUCGACUACCAAACGCUGGAACGGACUCCAAAGCUAUCUGCAAAAUGGUACAGGGAUUUCCUCACCCCCAACGCUACUGAUGAAUAUGAUGAUAUGCUAGUGAAGCGAUCGAGCAACAACUUAAAAGAUAGCCAACUGGAGAGAUGUUGAAGCAGGUAUAUGAUCCUUCUUGGAUUAUCAUUUUCAUCAUCACCGGACAUGGAAGAUUUUAACUGCUUCUAAGCUUCCUCCCCUUCUCUGCUGCUCUCUUGCUAAAUUAUUGUACAUUUGUAUUGUACCGACUAAAAUGGCAAAUAAUCUAAGUUCUUUUAUGG